ACGUCACUUCACAUCAAAAAUGUCGAAAAGUGUGUCAAAGCAAUUUCAUUUCACAAUUUACGAAUAUUGAAGCGUUACUUCGCUCGCGAAAUAAAACGUUCGCGUUCAAGAAUCGAGUGCUUUUAUAAAUUUCCAUCAAACACUUUGGAAGUAAAUUGAAUACCUGGUAUCAGCUGUGUGGCAGCUUAAUCAGCUAUAAUGAAGGUGUGGGGUGCUCAUGGCGAAUUUUGCGCCAGACAUCAAUGGGAGGUAAUCGUAGCCACUUUGGCUCUAUUGGCCUGUGCUGCUAGUGUGGAACGACAUGGCACAGGAACUCGAGCCGAACGAUGCGCAGGCUGGGCUAGAGCUUGUCCUGGACUUGAAGCGGAGUACCAAGCAGCUGAUGCUGUCAUUAUGACCUUCGUACGUUGUGCGGCUCUGCUCUACGCCUAUUACCAAGUUUCAAAUCUCCAGAAAAUUGCUUCAAAAUACCUUCUCAUCAUUGCUGGUGUUUUCUCAACCUUUGCAAGUUUUAUUUUCACAUCAGCCCUUGCUAGUUUGUUCUGGAGUGAACUAGCCAGUAUAAAAGAUGCCCCGUUUUUAUUUUUACUGGUCGCUGAUGUUGCCAGAGGAGCGAGAAUGGCGAAAGCCGGUUGGAGUGCCGGUGAAGAUCAAGGCAAGAGGGUAGGGAAAGCUCUUUCACUACUCGGGCCGACAGCGACGUUAGAUACACUUCUAGCGGUCCUCCUCGUCGGUGUUGGUGGUUUAUCUGGCGUCCCUAGAUUGGAACAUAUGUGUACAUUCGCCUGCUUGGCGUUAUUAGUAGACUAUUUGGUGUUUGUUACAUUUUAUCCAGCUUGUUUAUCACUGGUAGCAGAUUUCGCUUCUGGGAGAAAAGAAAUGGGAACAGACGGUCCGUUUUCUGAAACUGAUUUAAAACCGAACCCAGUUGUGCAAAGAGUUAAAAUGAUAAUGGCUGCUGGGCUACUUUGUGUCCACUUAACUAGCAGGUGGCCCUGGACUAGAGAGAACGGAAUGAUAGAAGGAUCUUUGACUAACGAUUUUAAGUCUGGAUCUCACGAGAAUGUUCUAUUCCACUCCUAUGUCAAAUGGUUUUCGGUGAGCGCCGACUACAUAGUUAUAGCGACCUUGCUAUGCGCCUUAAUUAUCAAAUUCAUCUUUUUUGAGGAACAAAAGAAUUGGAUUAUUGAUAUGAAUGAUUUAACGGUUAAAGAAGUUGUAAAACGCAACACUAAACCGAAAUUUUCGGUUGGUGAAGAUGUCAAGUCUGACAUGCAUACACAAACAGAUGACUUGCUCAAUUGUGAAGAAUCGGAAUGGCCCCUACUGUCGCCUAGCUCUUCAGCCGCUAGGCUUAAUUCUAAAAAGCGCCCAAUGGCUGAAUGCUUAGAGAUAUAUCGGUCAGAAGGAGUCUGUACUUCUCUUAGCGACGAAGAGGUUGUAAUGCUCGUUGAACAGUCUCAUAUACCUUUACAUAGACUUGAAAAUGUGUUAAACGAUCCUCUACGAGGCGUCAGAUUACGAAGGAGAGUUAUAUCCUCGAGAUUCCAAACAGAAGCAGGCAUAAAACAACUGCCGUACCUAAAUUAUGAUUACAGUAAAGUUUUGAAUGCUUGCUGCGAAAACGUUAUAGGAUACGUCGGUAUCCCGGUUGGAUACGCUGGUCCGUUAGUUGUCGACGGUAAAGCGUAUAUGAUCCCAAUGGCUACAACUGAGGGCGCUUUAGUUGCGUCCACCAACAGAGGUGCAAAAGCCAUUGGUACAAGAGGUGUCACUAGUGUUGUUGAAGAUGUCGGUAUGACGAGAGCGCCGGCUGUGAAACUGCCCAACGUCGUACGUGCACAUGAAUGCCGUCAAUGGUUGGAUAAUAAAGAUAACUACGCGAUAAUAAAAGAAGCAUUUGACUCGACGUCAAGAUUUGCUCGUCUUCAAGAAGUUCACGUAGGUGUUGAUGGAGCAACCCUGUAUUUAAGAUUCAGAGCCACUACUGGUGAUGCUAUGGGUAUGAAUAUGGUAUCCAAGGGUGCGGAAAAUGCACUGAAGUUACUCAAAAACUUCUUCCCUGAUAUGGAAGUGAUCAGUCUUUCUGGUAACUAUUGUUCUGAUAAGAAAGCAGCCUCUAUUAACUGGGUUAAAGGUAGAGGCAAAAGAGUUGUUUGCGAAACUACAAUCUCAGCUGAAAACUUAAAAAAUAUAUUUAAAACUGAUGCUAAAACAAUGACUCGAUGCAACAAAAUAAAAAAUCUCUCUGGAUCGGCGUUAGCGGGCUCCAUUGGUGGGAAUAAUGCCCACGCAGCGAAUAUGGUGACGGCCAUCUUUAUAGCAACAGGACAAGAUCCGGCUCAAAACGUAACUAGCAGCAACUGUUCAACCAAUAUGGAAGUCUGUGGUGAAAAUAGAGAUGAUCUCUACAUAACAUGUACUAUGCCGUCGCUGGAAGUCGGUACAGUUGGUGGUGGUACGGUUUUGACGGGACAAGGAGCGUGCUUACAAAUUCUCGGCGUUAAAGGAGCUGGUGUACGUCCUGCUGAGAAUUCAGCCAGAUUAGCUUCUCUCAUAUGCGCUACCGUUUUGGCUGGAGAAUUAAGCUUGAUGGCUGCCCUAGUCAAUUCCGACUUAGUUAAAUCACAUAUGCGUCACAACAGAUCAACAGCGAAUGUUGCAAACGUGGCUAAUGAUAUGACUUUAAAGGUACCGAAGUUAUAACAGUGGUUACGUACACCAAGAUAUUGAAGAUAGAGGAGAAUAGCUUUCAUCGAGAAUGAGGUAAAUGAUUUAGUAAUUACUAAUAUCGGAAAAUUACCAAAAACCGUACACUGCCUUCUUUACAACGAUUACUUGGAUUAUCGAACUAAUAGUUCAUAAUGUGUGUUAAUUUAUUAAAAUAUGUGUCGUAUUACAAUGAAUAUCAUAAAAUAAUAUAACAUCCAGUGUGCACGAGGCUAAAAUAAAAUUACGGACUCAGAACUCUUCCCUGUGGAAACCCCGGUGAUAUAAACAUAAACUCUGUAAAUAAAACUUCUUCCUAUUUAUAACUUCGUUACGAAAUCAAUAUAUUAUUGUAAGUAUAAAUGAGUUUAAUAAAGUAUCGUAAAUUAUUAUAAACGAGGUAUGAUAAAGUCAAAUGCAUGUUUAAAAUCUGAAUACAAGGAUGAAACUUGCUGUGAAAUUGGAAGUUACUUUUUAAAUAAAGUUUAUUUAACUAGUUAUAACAACUGUACGCAUUAUUGUAUAAGAUAUUAAAAUGUACAUUCGUGUGCAAACAGUUUCGUAAUGUUUACAUUAUAGACAAUGUUUACAUAAAUAACAUGCGAAGAAUAUAAAUGAUCUUGUAUUACAAAAAGUAAUAUUGAUUUGAAAAUGUCAAGGAUAUUGACGGGGUUGUUGAAUAUAGUUACGACCUUCAUGUGACACUUAUGAAGAUUAUUCAUUCAAUCAAAAGUAAACUGAAUUGAAUUCAUAAAUAUAAAAGAUUUCACAGGUCGUGUUUAUAAAAUUAACGCAGUUCACGACGGAGAUUUGUUUAAUCUUCAAAUAAAGUAGAUUGUAAUUUCUGUUUAAAGUUACAAUCAAUACAAUCGAAACUCCAUCAUCAUUAUUGAAUUUAUUGCCAGUUAAUACGCUCAAUAUUUCCGAAUUGGAGGAAAAGUUACUCCUCUAUUUCAUCUUUGCAAAAGCAAAACACUUUAUGUCCUAAACAAGUAAUACUUAUAUUUAUUACAUAAAUACAUUUUAUCUAUAGACAUAAAACUAUAAAUAGCUGGUGUAUUUACCCGUUUAGUACAUUCGCUGCACAUUGGCACUUACAAGUUUUAAACCCAUAGAUCAUCAAUGCUCCAAAAAUUUUGGGAUUUAAGAUGCCUCAUGUCAUUGACACUGUCCAAAUUAUCUUUAAAAAACCUAUACUAUUUAUUGACACUUGAUGGUAGAAUAUAUAAUCGUACCUAAGCAGACGGGUUAAAACAACAACCAAGAAAGACGUAUAUUUUAAAUCAUUAAAAGAAAAUUAAAACUCACUGGCUGUUAAUGAGUUCGUGACGAUUUGAGCUAGCGUGUUAACUUAACAAGCGAUAUGUCGUCAUAUGAGCCUUGGGUCUCAUUUUGUGAACGUUAAGCAAACGUAAAAAUAACCUUAAACUUAAUUCGCUUGAGAUUUAUCAUCAGAAUCGCCAUUCAAUUUUAUAAUGAAGAUUUUAUUCAAAAAUAUCACACAGUUAUUAAAAAAUAGCUGAACGAGGCUUCACGGGCGACAAAUUCGUGUAAUACACGCAUACUUGACAUUACAAAUAACAUUUAGACAGAUAUCCCAUUGUUACGAAAUAAAAUGAAAGUAUUAUCAAAAUCGGUUCAGUAGUUUCAAAGUUUAUCGAUUAAAACAAACGAAUUUUCCUAUAAUCUUCAUAAUUAGUAAAGACUAUCUCUACAUAGUAUAAAACCAAGUCGCUUCCUCACGUCUGUAUGUUUAGAUAUUUUAAGCUACGCAACGGAUCUUAAAGCGGGUUCAACUGCGAACAGAGAGAUUCAAGAGGAAGGUUAUAAUAGAGAAAAGUCGAGAAUUUCAACUUGAAUCUAAAAGUACUAUACCCUUAUCGUACUCGAGUGAAACCGGGCAGGGAAGCUAGUGUAAGAUAUAUUAAAAUUAAAUCAUAACAACGAGACAGAGAGAAAUUUCUACAGUAAAUAAUAUUUAAGUAACCAUUAUUAGCACAUACGUGCCAAAAAUGAAUCUAUAUGCUUAGUCACAGUUCAAGAUUUGCACAAAAUUUACAUCACCAAUUCUUGGGACUUGCGCGUACAA